UAGCAUGUAACUCUAUACUCUAUUCUUUCUUGCUGUCUUUUCAAAGCGCUUUGCUGGCUAAAUAUCGAAGUCGGCGAAGUUAAUUUGUAUUACGAGUUAUUUUCAAAUGUACAGUUAAGUCAAAAAGAGACAUUACAAUGUAUUCGAGUGACGAUUAUAACGAGGGAGGUUACGAAUCCUACGGUGACUAUGAACCUCAUACUGGAGACCCUCAAUAUGAUUUGGAGUACGAUCGAUCUUAUUACAAAAUGCCCGAAAUGGUCAAGAAGUUUCUUCUUUACUUUCGUAAUAUGAUAACAGAAGGGGUAACAUUUGAAAUAUUGAACUUGUAUGAGAAUACCUUUCCUAAGCUCACAGAGCAGUACUUUGAAAACUCACCAUGGCCCGAUGAGAGUGAAGUUGCCCCUGUUGUGGAUAAUGAUCAUAUAUUCAUGAUCUUGUACAAAGAAUUGUACUAUAGGGACAUUUACUCCCGAGUGACAGGAGGUCCCAAACCUGAGCAGCGUUUCCAUUCAUUCUACAACUACUGUGACCUGUUCAACUAUAUCUUGUCUGCAGAGACUCCUGUGCCACUGGAGUUACCUGAUCAGUGGUUGUGGGAGCUUGUUGAUGAAUUUGUUUAUCAAUUUCAAUCUUUCGCCCAGUACAGGUCUAGAACCUCAAAAUUAAGUCAAGCUGAGAUUGAAACUCUCAAUACUGAGAACAAGGCGUGGAAUGUUCUUUGCAUCCUCAAUGUUUUACACUCUCUUGUUGACAAGUCUAACAUCAAGAAACAACUUGAGGUUUACGCAUCCGGUGGUGAUCCAGAUUCAGUGGCCGGGGAAUUUGGACGUCAUGCCCUGUACAAGAUGUUGGGAUAUUUCUCUCUUGUGGGUCUACUCCGACUUCAUUCUUUGCUUGGUGAUUAUUACCAAGCUAUUAAGGUGCUGGAAAACAUAGAGCUACACAAGAAGUCCCAGUACUCUCAUGUGCCUGCAUGCCAGAUAUCUACAUCUUAUUAUGUAGGCUUUGCUUACAUGAUGAUGCGUCGGUACUCCGAUGCCAUCCGCACACUGUCGUCCGCGCUGCUAUACAUACAGCGCACGAAGCAAUUGUUUUCUGCUCGCUCCUACCAGAAUGAUCAGAUCAAUAAGCAGACUGAUCAGAUGUACCAUCUUCUGGCUAUUUGCCUGGUACUCCAUCCUCAAUGUGUUGACGAGUCCAUACAGCAGGUGCUCCGUGAGAAGAAUUACCAUGAAAAGAUGUACAAGAUGCAGUACGGCGAGAUGAGUGAGUUCGAGAGUUGCUUCACGUUCGCUUGCCCCAAGUUUCUGUCGCCGUGCCCUCCGCCCAUCGAGCCCGGCUCCAACUACAGUCGCGACGCCGUCAAGCAUCAGACUCAAGUCUUUAUGGAUGAGGUACGUCAACAAAAGAUGCUGCCAACAAUCAGGUCUUACCUAAAGCUGUACACGACCUUGCCAUUGGCUAAGUUGGCGGCCUUCAUGUCAGCGGCACGCGGCAGCGACCGUGACGCGGCCCGCGAGCACGCCGCCCUCGCUAUACACCUGCUCUGCUUCAAGCAUAAGAUGAAGAAUGUUGUCUGGACCAAGGGACCUAGUGGACUUGAUGGAAAGUUCCAGAGUGGUUCUGAGUUGGAUUUCUAUAUUGACAAUGACAUGAUCCACAUUGCCGACACCAAGGUGGCUCACCGCUAUGGCGACUUCUUCAUCCGUAAGCUGCUAAAGUUUGAAGAGUUAAACCGAAAAUUACACCAUAUUAAAAUAUAAGAAGUUCAACUUUGUAUUGAAAUAAAUAAACAUUAUAUUUAGUACCAGUUUGUAUUUCAAACUCUUGGAGCGUAACGAAUAAAUUGUCGAUUUCUUUUAUAAAACCUU